UUGUCCGCUCUCUACACAUAACCUUACUAAACAUAUUUUGUGAAUUUAAGAUUUUCUUUACAAUUUUUUUCCUCGAAGUUAAGCUAAUUUUAUUUGCGUAAUGGCUUAUUGUGCAGAUUUAUCAGGUAGUGAUGAUAGUGCACUGUCUGAUGAUUGCGAUUAUCACAACUUUAAGGAACAAGUUAAAAAGAUUAACAAACAAAGACUAAAACCUCAAACUAAUUGUCAAGAACAGAAAAACCAAGAUUUAAAGUUACUGUUUAGUGCUUUAUUAAGUGGAAAUGUACAGAGUGUUGUUGAAUACAUCGACAGUGGUUUAGAUGUUAAUGUUAAUGUAGAAGAUGGAUGGAGACCGCUACUCUUAGCUGCCUCUUUAGGAAAUCCAGAUCUUAUCAAAGAACUUAUAAACAAAGGAGCAAAUGUAAAUUUAGAUAGGGAUGGAUGUACGGCUCUAAUGAUGGCAUGCAAUUGUCCUAACACCACGUCACCGUUUGAAAAAUCUCUAGAAGUAAUAAAGCAACUUGUCGAGAAUGGUGCCAACGUUAAAGAGAUAAACAGGAAGAGAAUGACGGCUUUAAUGUUUGCCGCAAAUAACGGAAAUUUAAAAGCAGUACAAUAUCUAUUACCUUUAUCCAUUAAAAAUGCAGAGGACAAUCAGAGAUGGACG